GUCUGGCUGGCCAUGGCUCUGCGGUUGACGGGGAGCAAGCUCGUGGGCACGAACCCUGCCGUGACGCUCUACCGUCAUAUCACCAAGCAGGUCCCGCGCGUUUUGACGCUCUAUGACAUCAACAUGGAGCCGCGGGAAGCCCGCCUCGCGGUCCAAGCCUUCUUCCGCAAGCACGCCGAGAUCAAGGACCCGCGCGUGAUCGACAUGCUCAUUAGCAAGGCCAACAUGGAGCUCGAGGAGACCUUGAUGCAGUGGAAACAGAAGUCGCACUUGCUUACGCUCCUCGACAGCGGCGUCAAGCUCCAGAACGAGAAGAACGUCGUGUACGACGACUUUGAGGAAGGCCUGGACAACUUCUUUGCGGGCAUCGACACCAACCACGACGAAAAGUAAACAUUCGACCCACGACGACAGCAGCGACGGCUAGCCACGCGUACUCAUGCGCGCUGCCGAGCGUUAAUACAUGUUAUUUGGGCAUCUCA